GUCCCUCAUCCCUGAGGUAAACGUAAACACAGCGCGCUUCGACAACAGCAAGUGGAAAGGCAGAGAGCUUUAGACCGUGCCACACCUGCCGCCCUUGCUAGUGCUGUCCCUUACACCAGACAGGCACCAUGAACGCCCCGCCCACCUUCGAGUCGUUCCUGCUGUUCGACGGGGAGAAGAAGAUUAUCAAGGAGGUGGACACGAAGGUUCCCAAUGCUGCCAUCUACACCAUCAACAAGGAGGACCACACACUGGGCAACAUGAUCCGCCUGCAGCUCCUCAAGGACCCCAAUGUGAUGUUUGCUGGCUACAAGAACCCUCACCCUUUGGAGCACAAAGUGGUCCUUAGGAUUCAAACAUCUGAUGCCAGUUACACCCCACACGACGCCUUCAUGAAUGCCAUCACUGACCUCAUCUCAGAGCUGUCCCUGCUGGAGGAGCGGUUCAGGGAGGCCAUCAGGGAAAAGAAGGAAGGCUUUGACUAGGCACACACCAUCCAUCCACUAAGAGUAACCCACACAGGGAGAAUAGUGAAAGAUAGGAGGAUCUGGUUGCUAUUAUCAUUAUCAUCUCUCUCUCUCUCUCUCUCUGUGUUGGUGCUGUUACCACCAGUCUGCUGCUCAUCUCCAUUGCAUAUCAUAUCCCUUCAUUACAUAAUUUCAUGCUGUUCCUCAUCAAAACCACCACCACCACCACCACCACAGCUUCCUUAGUCUUUAAGGUUAUUCAUGAGUCAUAAGAUAUUCAUCCUCAGGUGAAGAAAAAUUGUGGUAAAAGUUUCUUUUGAUGUGCAAGUUUUAGCCAUGAAAAGUAACAAUUAUUGGGGUACAAUUCCUACAUUACAUAAUGUAUAUUUUGAAAAUUAUUCUGAAGUGCUUAUUGCCAUUAUAAUUAAUUGUGGCAUGUCAUUUACCUUUAAUAAAAAAAAUAAAGAUAA